AUGGCGACGGCGAAGCCGCCGACGUUGCCUGCUGGGGGGAACAAGCCACCGGAUAACCUGAGUGGUAGCAGGCGGCCUGCGGAAACCACUUCCUCACUGAAUCAUAAGAAUGCUAAAGAAACCACUCAGGUGAAGAAGCACCCUCGUGCGAUUAACCUUGUCCAAGAAGGAAUAAGGAUGGAAGACUCACAAAGGGGAGAGGAGAUGGAGACAGAGGAAAUCGAGAAUACUCCGGAAAAUCCCCAUACCUCGGCUUGGGCUGGGGGAGGUGGACGGAAGCUAUUCGGAGAAGGCCGACAGAAGGAAGGCUGGUACAUAGCAGAGUCAGAUACUGAGGAUACGCUGCAAGCUGAGAAGGAAGAUGAUGAUGAGUGCGACGGUAUGGAACAUAACCCUAAUUGCCCCACAAUCCCUUUCACAGCUGCAGAAAAUAUUAGGUGGCGACGAGAGUGGCGAUCAGCGUUAGUAGUCAAAGGGCUAGGGCGGCGCGUUCCGUUCUUACCCUUGUCCCAACGAAUGAACAGCCUAUGGGGAAAGCAUGGGGAACUCAAGAUUUCGGACAUGAAGAAUGGAUGUUUCCUAGUGAGGUUCCGCCAUCAAGAUGAUUAUGAAGCGGCCAUUAACGAGGGACCUUGGCUACUAGGUGAUACUUAUUUAACUGUGACGCGCUAG